CGUUGGACUUAGGGCAGCACUGGAACCUCUGAUAGAUUCGGGAGAGAGCGCGCAUCACUAAACUUCUGUUGUGCAAAUUAAGGACUAUGGCAUUAUUUUUUGACCAAUCGUUCGAUUUGGUUAAAAAAAUAAGCGUGGAGACAGAAAGAGAUUUUAUCUUCAACACAAACAUGGUCCAGAUUACAGAUGUAACAACCAAGAAUUCGUUGUCCUCUCCUGAACUCGAAAAAACUUACCACGCUGAGGGGCAAAGAAAAAGAAAGAGGACGAUUUUUAGCCGCGCUCAAUUGUCAGAAUUGGAGCGCGCUUUCAUGAUUACACCGUAUCCAGACAUCACUCUGCGCGAACGACUGGCUGCACUCACACUACUUCCAGAAAGCAAAAUUCAGGUGUGGUUCCAAAAUAGACGAGCUCGAUGUAUGAAAAGCAAGAAGCUGACCGCACCAGUUAGGAGAAGUCCAGGCAGGGAAGUGAGUUCUAACUCUAUACCUGUAGCAACUUUUUCACCGAUCCAUCUUGAUUCAAACCCAGAACAAAAUUCUGGCUUUCCAGAACAAAGAGACAAGCCAGAGGCCAACAGAGGCCUGUGUCACCAUCAGCAAAGCCUUAGACCAGCCCUGAGUCCCUGGUCUCAAAAUCUUCUGCAUCCAACACCAACCCUGCCAGACAUUUCUCCAGACCUGCCUGGAGUUCUACAGUGGGGGAACAGACACUCUGAAACACCUGGAGCUUCAUUUUUCUCCAAUUGCCCAUCAGACCGGUUGGCUCAAUAUUCAUUCCAUAACCAAUCAAGCAGUCACUGGCAGAUUAAUUGCUUUUCAGCUCACCCUGAAGGUUUUUCUGGACAUCAGUUGAAAACUUACUGCACUGCCAAUCAGGCCAUAUAUUCUUCCAUGUCUGUGGACCAAGUGAUUCCUACACAUCAAACCAGUUUGGAGGAGGCACUUCAAAGACAAGCUCUGGCACAUUACCCUCAGACCUCAUUGGGAGAUAUCUCUGACCUCAUAUAUAAAGCGGCUGUAGUCACCAAUUUGGAAGACUGUCAGUACAGUAGUUAAUAGCCUACACUUUAUUUAUUGUUACAUAAACACUAUUGUAAAAUAAUCUCUUUGGUGAACCAAUUUAUGCGUCAUUAAGGUAGUUAAUAUGUGUUACUGAAACAUGUGUUACUUGAUAUCUUGAUACCUGCAAAUGUGAAACUCUAGUUUAGGGUUGUUCAAAAAGAUUGUGAAAAUAUUGCUAUUAUUGUCAGCCAACUGCGAAAAAAAGAAAAAAAAGGUGUUGUUUCCUUGUCCGUUUUUGAUUUAAUACCAUAAUUUUGUUUUUGAAGAGUAUGUCUUUCUGUGGGUGUGAUGGGAAAAGUUUCCUCUGUAUUCUCUUUUUAUUAAGAUGUUCACAUGGUGUGCAUUGAUAUUUAUGUAAAUUAAUCACUUUUUAAUCUAUUUAUUUACAUUCACCUUUAACUAAUUAAAAGUAUCUUUGUAAUAAAAAACUUUAUGUGUGGCAUUACACUUGUAUCUAAAAUAAUGUCUCAAUCUGACAAUACCAAUUUUUCAUAAGAAAGCAUCUUCUUUGUUUGCAUAAGGAACUAUUAACUAAUACACAAAUGUACUAAUGUACUAAUACACAAAUCAGUUUCGACUAAUCUUUUAUUCAUAACAUCAAAAGCAUUGAGGUUUUUAUAUAUAUGAGACAAUCCCAUAUAAUAUAAAAUGUGUUGCAGUAGCAGGAUACAGAAAUUAAAUCUAAAUUCCACCUCACCAGUACAAAUAAAUAAAUAAAUAAAAAAACCUGAGAAUAAACAAUAAAUUGAAAAAACAAAACAAUACAUGAAAGAUAAAACAAUUUAAAACCUCAGGGCUCAUGUUUUAUCAGCUUAUGGGUCUUAGAUUACAUUUGGAUUUGAAGAUCCAAACAGUAUAUUACUAUCAAAGUAAUUAUGGUGAAAAUAGCAGGGACCUCCCAGGUUUCCACUGACCUACUGGACACUGAUCUUUAUGUAGCAUAAUCAUCUCCACAGCAAAAUAAUCUUCAAAUAAAAUAUAAUAAAUUCUCAUAAUCCGAGUGUCAAAUCUACAGUCAUACUCUGUUUUGUGUGUCAGCUUGUAUGUGUGUGUUCCUGAUGUAGCUACAUCGUUUAAUCCAGGGGAUGAUAUUGAAGGGAUAUGUGCUUAUUUUGUUAGAACCAAAACAGGAAAUAUAAUAAUAAUCAUAGACAGGCUGAUCAAUACACAAUGUUAGGUGAUCCUGAAUAACUCCUUUUCAUUUUCAUUUCCUUUUCAGACUCCAGUUCAUUUUACUAUUACAGCACAAGAUGGCAGUACAGCCAAAAUUUUAACUGUAACAACGACAACAACAACAACAACAAUCUAUCUGUAUAACUCCUUAGUAUAACUCCUUCAAGCCAUUUCUCCUGCAGUUGUACCUGCACUCUCUCACAUCAUUGACACAUCAUUAACACCCUUCACAAUGGUGUUUUUCCCUCAGCAUUUAGACAGGCUUGUAUAA